AGAACUUUGGAAGUUAUUAAAAGAUAAUGUUCAACAUCUGGAGGCCUUUUCAAGAACUGUAAAUGAACUAAAGCAGAAAUGGGAAGAUUUUGACAGUUCCAUUUUUGAGAAACUUGCUACUUCAAUGCCGCGAAGAAUUAAUGCAGUAUUAAAAGCAAGGGCAGGCCAACAAAGUACUAGUGUUUUUUCAUGUAUAUGGCGGAAAAAAUCAAUAAAUAAUUUGAUAUUUAGUUUUAAUUUCAAAUCGGGCGUCACUUUGUGA